UAAUCAAGUGACCUGGGGAUUUUUUAUCUUUUUCCAUUACACAGAAUAAAAGACAGUAACGCAAAAAAGUGGGGGUAAGGAGACUGAAAUGGCCGUAUUCUGGUCGGAGAUGCUGCUGUUCACAUGAUUAUGUUUUAAUCAUCCCCUUUUUCAUUUCAAAAAAGAGAAACGUGCAGCAUGUCGCUUGACUGAUAAUGCCGUUUUUAAAUCCGCUGAUGUGUGUCAAUACACGGCUGUAUCAUUUUUCCCUUUUAAUUACCUCAGCGGCUAAUUCCUGUUUGUCCGUCGCACUGCGUAUCCAAAGUGAAAGAUAUUGGCCGGAAUUAUCUGAAAUACAACGGGUAUGUUGUUUGGCCGUCUGAUAAAACAAAAAUGACAAUGUGAAUGCGGCAAAAAAACAUCAUGAACAGAUUAACUAGCUUCCAUGCUGUCUCGUUGCCUUUGCCAAAUUGACGGUAUCUUUGACUGGCGCUCACCCAUUGUUACUCCUAUGUUUUGUGAGCACCGGCAUCGAGUAUUGAUUUUUAAUUUGAUCGCUUUCAAUACCCGAUUAGCAUGCCAACUAACAUGAGCAUAUGCAUAUUUAUUUUUAUAAGCCUGCUUUUCAAAUGUCUUUAUAUUAAGCGAAAAGUGUAAAAUGACAAAAGCAAAAAGGAUGUGAGCUAUGUACGUUAAAUUCUUGCUAACAUAGUGU